AUGAUUCGUGUAAUUUUACGAUAUUUGGCUAAUAACGAACAGCUCAUUCAGCGUCUUGCUGAUAGCUAUCCGAUGCGCAGGGCUGCACAAUUGCUAGUAAGUGCUUACUAUAGAAGUCGGGCGAUUGCCCAAGAACAGAAGCUAGUUGAGAUGACACCAGAAAAAUUUAAACAAAUGAUGAAUGCCUUCCAAUCCAAUGUUAAGCAAGAGUUGAAAGCCGCAAAAAACGAUUUAAAAAAACGUAAAUAGUUGUCAGGAUGUAUUGUAUUGAUUUAUGAUAGAUGUAAUAUAAACAAUAAAAUGAAA